AUGAAGAUCUCUUCUGAGGAUUUAACCAAUGGCGAUUUGCUACUGCUGAAGCCGGGCAUGAGGGUGCCGUGCGACUUGCUGCUGCUGCAGGGGACAGUGGUGCUAGAUGAACACUGCCUUACUGGGGAGUGCUUUCCAGUCCUUAAGGGCUCUUUGCCGCUCAGCAAGAACUGCGAAAGAGUCAUAUCUUUAGAGCAGGAGUCGGGUCACUUGGUGUUUGCUGGAACAGAAGUUUUGGCUUCGACGGGCAGCAGCGAAACAGCUGGAAACUUCGCAGCAGAGUGCAGCACGUUUGCUGUAGGUGCUGUUUGCCGCGUUGGCUUUACAACCGCUCAAGGAGAAACUGUCCGUUCUCUCCUUUUUCCUUCUCCCCCAAGAAUGAAUUUUGAUGGAGAGUCUCUGUCGUUUUUGUUUUGUUUGGCGCUGCUGACAGCAGUUGCAAUUUGCUUCACUGGAUAUUCUUUUUAUAAAAGAGGAGUUCAUUUUAAGACUGCUUUUUUCCUUUUGGGAGAUUUGCUGACAGACGCUCUGCCCCCAGCCCUCAGGGCCACCCUCUCCGUCUCCCUCACAGCUGCUGCUGCCAGGUUGUUUUCGCUGUACGGCAUUUCUGUUGUGUCUCCCAGCCGCAUCAACGCCUGCGGCUUCGUGCGCUGUCUUUGUUUGGACAAGACGGGGACUUUGACUGAAGAUGGAGUUUCUUUGUUGGGCUGUCUCACAGCCUGCCACUGCAGCAGCAGCAGCAGCAGCAGCAGCGGCAGCACCAGCGGCGGCGGCGGUGGCGGGGCGUGCAGCUGCGGGGAGGGGCGGCGGGAGGCCGGGCGCAGCGCCGCUGCGCGCGAUAGAGAUACUGCAGCAGCAGCAGCAGCAGCAGAUAGCCUAGCAGCAGCAGCAGCAGCAGGAGCGACCUCCCACCUCAGCGACUCCCUGGUGCCUGCGUCGGCGCUGCAGCCCUGCAGCAGCAGCUGCUGCGCCUGCUGCAGCUGCCGCAUUCAUUUGCUGCAGUGCAUGUCUUGCUGCUCUUCUCUUGCAAACAUAAAAGGAAAUGUUGCAGGAGACCCUCUCGAGGCCUGUUUGCUUGCUGCUGCUGGAUGGCAGCUGAUGGACGCUGCUGCUGCUGCUGCUGCUGCAGCAGCAGGGGGGCGCAAGGCGAGAAGUGCAGCGGGAGGAGCAGCAGAAGCGACGGAAGAAGCAACAGCAAAUGAGCUGCACCUCGCGCAGCAGUUCGAGCUGCUGCAGCAACGGCUAGGCGCAGCAGCAGCAGCAGCAGCAGCAUCAAGGGGAGCCACAUUCUUCUUCCCCAGGAGACAACAAACAAACGCUGCCGCCUGGGACCUGGGCCCCAGACUCUGCGUCAUUCGCCGCUUUCUGUUCAACGCUCUGGUCAUGCGGAUGUCAGUGAUUGCCAUUUGCCUCAACACUGGGGCUUUGAUGAUAUAUUCGAAGGGCAGCCCUGAAAGUUUGCUGCCUCUUUGCGACCCUGAGACGGUGCCGCCAGGCACUGAGAAGCGCAUCACCGAUUUUGCUGCUUUGGGAUACAGAGUGCUGGCUGCAGCGUGGCGGCCCGUGGGGCGGCAGGAGAAGUGGGAGAGGGUGGAGCGGCAGCGGGCGGAGAGCGGUUUGCUGUUUUUGGGAUUAUUUGUUUUUGUAAAUAAAUUAAAAAAAGAAACAAAAGAAACAAUUAAAGUUUUGAAAGAAGCUCAAGUGGACCUCCGGGUCCUCACGGGCGACUCGCCCCACACCGCCAUCGGCGUUGCUGCGGAGUGCGGCAUGCUCGACGGCCAGGACAGCAGCAGCAGCAGCUGCUGCUGCUGCUGCAGCAGCAGCAGCGGCAGCAGCAGCAGCAGCAGCGGCAGCGGCAGCAGCAGCAGCAGCAGCAGCUGCAGCAGCAGCAGCAGCAGCGGCAGCAGCAGAGGGGCGGGAGACGGGAGCGCGCAGGCCAAAGACGCGCCGGCUCUACAGAGCCGCACAGACAGCAAGAGCUUCAUGCAGCUGCAGCAGCAGCAGCAGCAGCAGCAAGAGCCGCUGCAGCAGCUGGAGCAGUAUUUUGAGGGACACCAGCCGCUUCAUAUCUUACGCACACAUCAUGCGUUGAUUAUGGGAGAUGUCUACUCCCGCCACGAAGAAGCUGUUGGCCGCCGCGAGUUUCUUGUUUGGUCUUUGGUGUUGCUGCCGCGGGGGCCUAACGCCCAGCAGCAGCAGCAGCAGCAGCAGCAGCAGCAGCAGCAGGAGCAGCAGCAGCAGCAGGAUCAAGACCCUGCAGCAGGGCUGCAGCCCUUGUCUUCUCUAGACAUCCGCGUGCUGCUGUCGCUGCUGCCCGACGCAAGAGGAGCUGUUUUGGUGUUAACAGGCCGCGCCUUCCGCCACCUCUCCCGGCUGCACUUCUUGCUGGGGCUUCCCUUUUCUGAGCGCUGCGACCAGAUAGUUCAAGACGUUUUGGCUCGGCACCAUUACCAGCUGCAGCAGCUGCAGCUGCAGCAGCAGCAGCAGCAGCAGCAGCAGCAGCCGUCGGUGCUACAGCAGCAGCAGCAGCAGGAACAGCAGCAGCAACAGCUGGGCGCAGGAAGCGCGCACGCUGAGUCCGCGAUGCUGCCGCUAGCUGAACUUCCCCCCAAUGCCGACCAGCAGCAGCAGCAGCAGCAGCAGCACGGCGCUGCUGCUCACGCCGAAAAGCUUAGAGAUGCUGUUGAGGAUCUGCUGUUUCAGACAUCCAUGCUGCUGCCACAGCCGCAGCUGCUGCAGCAGCAGCAGCAGCAGCAGCAGCCGACCAGCCACCUUCACUUUCCUUUUGCAGACUCAAAGUAUAGAUCUUCUGAGGAAGACACAAUGCAGCAGCAGCAGCAGCAGCAGCUUGAGGCGGACGAGGAACUGCUGCAGCAGGAAGCAGCAGAUGCGCUGCAGCAGCACUUGGGAGAUCUGCAGCAGCAGCACCCCGGAGAGCUGCUGCUGCCAGAUGCAGCAGCACAUGCUUCUCUGUCUCGCGUUGACCGAAUUCAGCAGCUGCUGCACCACCCAGAGUACCACAGGACGGAAGCAGCAGAGGCAGCAGCAGCAGCAGCGGCAGCAGCAGCAGCAGCAGCAGCAGCAGCAGCAGCAGGCAAUGAAGAACCCUGUGGGAGCCCCCAAGGGCCCCUCAGCUGGCUGCUGCGCUUCUGCCGGCAGCAGCAAAGAUCUGCUCGCGUUGUUCCAUCUUUGGCGAGGCAGCGCCCCUCUCCUUCCAGCAGCAGCAGCAGCAGCAGCAGCAGCAGUUGGUCUCUGGGGAAACUGCGCGCUGCAGCACGUCGGUUUGGGCUUGUCCGAGAUGGCCACAGCGAGGCCUUGCGAGAGCCGCUGCUGCACAUAGAGCAGCAGCAGCAACAGCAGCAGGAACGGCAGAGGGAAACUCACCUACAGCCGCAGCAGCAGCAGCAGCAGCAGCAGCAGCACUUGGCGCUGAAGCUGGAAGCCCCCGUGUCUCCUCUUGUUGCUGCUGGAGGUCUCACAGAUUUAAUGCAUCAUGAAAAUUGUCUCAAGGCUUUUGAGGGAAUGGUCCUAACUCUUUCAUCUUGGCGCUGCAGCAGCAGCUGCAGCUGCAGACGUCCCUCUGCUGCUGCUGCUGCUGCUGCCAGCAGCAGCUGCAGCAGCAGCUUCUGCAGCAGCGGCAGCUGCUGCAACACUGCCAGUGGGCACCAGCCGCAGCAGCAAGGCUGGCCCCACAGUCCCAGCAGCAGCAGCAGCGCCAGCAGCAGCAGCAGCAGCAGCAGCAGCAGCAGUUGCUGCUGCAGGCCGGGCCAUGAGCAGCACUUCAAAAUGUCUGUUUACGAAUUUGCUCUAAGACGCACUUUGCUGCUGUGCCGCGCGACGCCUCAGGACAAAGGGGACUUCGUGUCUGCGCUGCAGCAGCUUCCGUCUUCUCCAUUUGUGGGAAUGGUCGGCGACGGCACGAAUGACUUGCUCGCCAUCAAACGCGCAGACGUGGGGGUGUGCGUCUCAGCCGACAGCAGCAGCAGCAGCAGCAGCAGCAGCAGCGAGGUCGACAGCCCGGCCUCCUGCGCCUCUGCGCCCACCGCCAGCAGCAGCAGCAGCAGCAGCAGCAGCAGGGGCGCAGCAGCUUCAGCGGGGGCCUCUUUGGCAGCAACAUUCAGCACUUCGAGUUUGUUCAACUGCGUCAAUUUGCUGCGGGAGGGCCGCUGCGUGCUGCAGAACAGCACAAGUGCUGUUUUGUUUAUAACUCUUUAUUCUCUCAUUCAACUUUCCACUGUCGUUUGCCUCUACCACUUCGGACAAAACCUCAGCGACGCCCAGUACAUGUGGGUGGACCUUUUGACAAUUCUUCCGCUUUCUUUUUUUCUUUCGGGAUCUCAAGCAGCAAAACGACUGUCGCCCUUUUCGCCGCAGCAAAGUCUUUUUGCUGCUCCCGUGGUGCUUUCUGCUGCAGGCCAGGGUAUUAUUCAGGUGUCUUUCCUGAUAAUCGCUUUGAUGCUGUGCUUACCACAGGCUUCGGCACAGCCACAGCACGGCCUGCUGCGAAAUCGCCGCUGCGUGGCGUACAUGUGUCUGCUUGCGGGCUUUUGCUUUUCAUUUUUAUUAUUUCCUCCUGCUGCUGCUGUGCCUUCUUCGCACGUUUCCUCGCCAGCAGCAGCAGCAGCAGCAGCAGCAGCAGACUGGGGCCUCGUGUCGCUGCUGCACCGCGUGUUUCUGGAUUUGCUGCAGCUGGCUGAGAGGGCCCGGGGGGAGUUUUACGUGUGGCUGGGGCUUGUGCCGCUGCCUGUGCUGCUGCAGCAGCAGCUGCUGCUGCUGUCUGCAUGCAACUGCGCAGUAACUGUGGGGUUUGAGCUGCUCGUUGUUGCUGCUGCUCUCACUUCCUAUUUGCUGCAGAGGGAGCAGGCUGGAGCCACAGCUUCUUACUUGCCUAAGACCAGUGGUGCAUGCGCGGUCUUGCUGAAACAGACCAGCAGCAGCAGCAGCAGCAGCAGCUAUACCAUUUCACCUUCUGCAGCACCCCACAGCGAAAAACACAUUCAAGUGAUCCCUUUAGGGGCCCCCCAGGGGGCCCCCCAGGGGGCCUCCGCCACGAACAAUUUGGGGGCCCCCCAGGGGCCCCCUUUGCACCCAACUAGGGGCCCAUAG